UCAAUACUUUUGAUAGCAAUAAUUUUGCAGUAAGCAACAGAUGGACUCCCGUUCAGGGAAAGGCCUGGCUUUGGUGAGCAUAAGGAUCUGGCUUAUGUUUAUGCCAGACACAGUGUUGAUUCUAACUGCCAGGAUAGCAAGAAGUGACAAUAAGACACUGGGAUAAUUGAGAGCAUGUACGUAAAUACAUUUAUUAGAUGGAAUAUGAACAUUUCUCCAGAUCAACUCAUGUAUGACUAUGUGUUUUAUCCAUCAACUGUGUCUGAGGUUUGAGCUCUUUGCGCAGUUAUAAGUCACAUAUUCAGUCAUACUAUUGGGGUUGGUAUGUGAGCCUGAAAGCGCUUUUGUUUCUGUGAAUGGGUUACUGGGGCUUAAGUAGCACAGCCUAUCUGCUCCACUGUGGAGACAUCCUGUUUGUGUGUGAACUUGUCAAGCCCUACCUGUGAAUGGGUUUGCUCCAUUAUAGAUCCACUUUCAUGUCCAUGGUCUUUGUCAGCCUUCAGUUGAUGCCAUUACGCCUCCUGGUGUGUUCAAUCAAGGCGACCAUGACCACGUGAACGCUCAAACCAAUUAUGGCCCCUGGCAGUGGCUUACAAUGAGGCUCAUCUUGUGUAGAGGGAUUUCUGUAAAUUGGAUCAGGCUGCUUACAGGGGCUUAGCAUGACGUACUGCAACUUUGAGUUUAAUCAUGAGGAUCCUCGGCAAUCCUCCACCUCUCCGGGAGAACGGAACAUCACGAUUAGCCUCACCUGUGUGUUAAGGGAGAAAACCACUAAAAGUUGAGGGAAAUAAAGCCUUAUGAAAGUUUAAGUUUCUGUCACCAUGGGAGAGGAGAUAGCUUUGGAGAAAUAACACUCCUGUGCUGUUCCCGGGUUCCUCCUGGGUUCUUCAUCUUUGCUCUCUUGUUGUGGGAUGGAUUACAGGCUGAGCUGACUCUCCUCUCCUGUUGGACCAGCCAGAGGAGACCCUGAUAGCAAAGAGACUGGGAAACAGGUUGGCACCCUUAAGAACAUUUAUCUGAACUGAGGGGCUAUCUGGAAAUCUUGGAGCUCCUGCUGCUUUACGUUAUUGUUUGAUUUCUUCACGACAAGGACACAUCACAGGUUGAACAAUGGCUUUGAUGUUAGUCAAGUUUGACAUGAAGAAGCGAGUAAAGCUCGCUCAGACGGUCUGGUUCAUGUACUGGUUCGCUGUAAUGGCCGGUGUGCUGGUCUUCAGCAUGGGCCUGUUCUUUAAGAUCGAGCUACGAAAGCGCUCAGAACUUAUGGACAACAACGAGAGCCACUUCUUGCCCAACCUGCUCAUAUUUAUGGGUCUAGUAACCUGUGGCAUCAACGCCUUUGGAGGCAAAGUCUGCUACGACUCGCUGGAUCCUACCAAGUUUAUCAAGUGGAAGCCCAUGGUGAAGACCUUCUUGAUGUUCUGUGUGGUAUUCAACGCCCUGCUGUUCGUAACGGCCCUACUGUGUUUCUUGAUGAGGAUCCCUCUGCAGUUCACCCUGGCUGAGGGGCUGAGGAAUGGCAUGAAGUUCUACAAGGACACAGACACACCGGGACGCUGCUACAUGAAGAGGACCCUGGACCUGAUGCAGAUGGAGUUUCGUUGCUGCGGAAAUGACAACUACAGAGACUGGUUUGAAAUUCAGUGGGUUAGCAACCGUUACCUGGACUUCAGUGCAAAGGAAGUCAAAGACCGCAUUGGGAGCAAUGUUGAUGGCCAGUAUCUGAUGGAUGGAGUCCCGUUCAGCUGCUGUAACCCCAGCUCCCCCAGACCAUGCAUCCAGUUCCAGAUGACCAACAACACCGCCCACUACAGCUACGACCACUACACAGAGGAGCUCAAUGUGUGGAAGCGUGGCUGCCGUGAAGCUCUGCUGUCCUACUAUGGAGGCAUGAUGAACACCAUCGCAGUCCUGGUGGUGCUGGUCACUAUUCUGGAGUCUGCCGUGACCAUCGGCCUGCAGUACGUGAACUCCUCUCUGUCCACCCUGGCUAACCCGGAGGACCCGGAGAGCGAUAGCGAGGGCUGGAUGCUGGAGAAGACAGUGAAGGAGACGUUCACCGACAUCAUGGCCAAAAUGAAGAGCAUGGGCAAAGGCACCAAGGUGGAGGAGGGGGGCGAGGCAGCGGUCGCCACGGUGAGCUGAGCUAACCCCCUCCUUGGAAAGAAAAAAUAAAUAAAAAACUGACACCAUUCACACCUGAAGAGGAGAGGAAGGAGACGUGUGAGAUGACAACAUUUUUCUACCAACAUUUAUUACGUAGAUACCUACACACACACACACACACACACACACACACAUAUUUGGCUCCUUCUAAAUGGACUCCUUACAAAUGGACAUAAAUAAUUAGAAGCUGUAUGUUCAUACAUAGAGAGAGAUAAAGAGUAGGAUGAGUUAUGUUAUGGCUUUCCAUUUUGGUUCUCCCCAAUCAGACAAAUCCAUCUCAGGCUCCAACUUUGCUUCACAGCGUACUGUUAUAGAAAUGUUUCCAACACUCUGCGGGUUUGAAUCUUUCCAAAAAAAAAAAAAAACUAAAUGUGAGAUGUAUUGAUAAAUGUCAGAUGCUUUGCAAUCACAAGUAAACGUGCAAUUUUUCAUUUAAUGUAUCGGUUGUGGGAUAGUUUGGCGGGGAUGGUGGUUGCCAUGCAACCCCCCCUCUCAUGGAGGUGCAGGUGUAAGAUAUUUACAGCCCAAGUUUUAUUUUUGUUGACCUGUCUAUAGCGCUUUGGCAUGUAGCUCAUACUGUAAAUAGACAAACUAAUUAAACCCCUCGACUCAUCUAUUUCCAUAUUCAUACCUUGUCCACAAAGUAGACUGACUAAGCUCCCGAAGAUGGAGUAAAAUUAUGAAUUAAACGAAUCGGCGUGAACGUUGCAGCACAUGUUCGAAGAGUGAGGCAUGGGAACUGGGAUGUGAGCCCUGAAAGAAGGAGGAGAAGCGAGGGCCAACUCCAAAACCUGCGGAGGACGACUGAAAAUUGGCAGCUAAAUCUUGGCUCCCGACCCCCGUACUGUAAUCUCAGAUCCUCUUUGAUGUUUCCCUUGUGCAUUCAGUAUCUGUAUAUUGACACAUACAGUAUGUAUGUAUACUCUAACAACUGGGUUGCUGUCUUUGUACAUAGUGUAGAAACGAUCCAAAAAAUCUAACUUUUUUUAAAAAUGUAAUUAAGUCAAGUCUUUUAUUUAAAUCCAUGUAAAGUUUGUUUUUCCAUUUUCUUUUUUCUUUUUUUUUUUUGGCUUUGAGUGUCUGUGUAGAAGCUGGUUGUAUACACGAAUAAAAGAUUCUAGAGAUGUGAUCCGACGGUGAAACGAGGAUGCUGUGUUGUGUACCCGACCUUGAGUCGCACAAACCUGAGAUCCAAGAAGCGAGGCACGCUGUGAGUGCCGCAGGGUUCCUGAUUAAGUCAAUAGGAUGAGGGCAAUUAUGGCAUUACUGGUUUCACAUGGACAUGGGAUGACUCUUCACAUGUCCAAUGCAAGGACAUGAGUGUGCGGUGGUGCUGGUGGUGGGGUUAUAUGGUACACCGGAUGCAUUCACAAGCAAAAUUAUGCAUGCACAUAUGAUUGCAAGUGACUUUUCCAGGUAAAAGUGAAGUAAUACGUAUAUUUUAAGGCCUUAAAAUCAGCUCUAGAGUGCAAAAAACUAAUCCUUUUUUAUCUUUCAGAACAUAUAUUGAAGAUUAAAUAUCACCCAGAAAUGUAAAAACCAUUAUAAAACAUGU